AUGGCAGUGUCAAUAUCCAGAAGAAGAUCAAAACCAUAUAGAAAGCAAGAAGCUAAACAAUCAUAUUUUUAUUUUAGUGCCAUAUACAACUUUCUGAGUAGAAUAUCUGUUGCAUUGUUCCUUCUAAUCCUUAUAUACAUGUGGUGUUCCUUCUCCACCAUUAUAACUGGAAACAUAGUUCAUGUUUGCUUCUCUUCUUCAAGGAAGCUUCAUAGCCUCUAUUGUCUUUCUGCAGGCACUCAUCCCUCCUUUGAAAUCCCAACUUCCACAAACAAUCACAGUUUCUUAGCACCUCGAAUAUUCGAAGGCAACAAUGCAACUGAGCCUGUUAAGUUUUCAGUUGGAUCAAAUCUUGUUACUAGCAACAAUGGAAGAUAUGAUGAAGAGGUUGCAAAUGCAGUGAAGGUUGUUGAGGAGCAUUUGCAGGUUCACCGAUCGUGGAGGUCGAAUAGAACCAAUGCAGAAUCAUGCAGUGGUGAAGGGAUAUAUGUGUAUGACUUGCCAUCCAAGUUUAACAAGGAUUUGGUAGGUCAAUGCAGCAAGAUGAUUCCAUGGCAAGAUUUUUGUAGUUACUUAAGCAAUGAUGGAUUUGGAAAGGCUAUUAUUGCUGAUAAUAAGUUUGGUAAAGGAUGGUAUCAAACUCAUCAAUACUCACUUGAACUCAUAUUCCAUUCAAGGAUUUUGAAGCAUCCAUGCAGGGUUUAUAAUGAGAAUGAAGCAAAGAUCUUCUAUGUGCCAUUCUAUGGUGGCUUAGAUGUGCUGAGAUGGCAUUUCAAGAAUGUUUCAAAUGAUGUGAAGGACGGUUUGAGUUUGGAGCUGGUGAAUUGGCUUCAGAGACAGAGGCCAUGGAAAAGAAAUGAAGGUAAGGAUCAUGUUCUUGUGUUGGGAAAAAUCUCAUGGGAUUUUAGGAGAACUAAUAAUAGUGAAUCUCCAUGGGGAACUAGAUUGUUAGAGCUUGAGAAAAUGCAGAAUCCAAUCAAGAUCUUGAUCGAACGCCAGCCGUGGCAUGCGAAUGACAUUGGAGUUCCUCAUCCAACUUACUUCCAUCCAAGUUCAGACAAUGACAUCAUUUCAUGGCAACUGAAAAUCAUUAGAUCGAAUCGCAAGAGCCUUGUUAGUUUCGCUGGAGCGGCGCGCUCUGAUGCAGAGGACAGCAUAAGAAGAAUACUAAUAGAUCAAUGCAGUAGCAAUGGUAGAUGCAAGUUUCUGAAUUGCAGUUCUGCCAAGUGUAAUGAGGCAGAGUCAAUCAUAGAUGUUUUUGUUGAGUCAGAGUUUUGCUUGCAGCCUCCAGGGGAUAGCCCAACAAGAAAGUCUGUUUUCGAUUCGCUGAUAUCGGGUUGCAUCCCAGUUCUGUUUGAUCCUUUCACAGCUUAUUACCAAUAUCCAUGGCAUUUACCUGAGGAUCAUGACAAGUAUUCAGUGUUUAUAGAUAAGAAAGAAGUGAAGGAAAAGAAUUUGAAUGUGGUGGAGAGGCUAAGCAAUGUUUCAUCAAGAGAAAGGGAAAACAUGAGGAGGUAUAUUGUGUAUGAACUUCUUCCUGGUUUAGUAUAUGCUGAUCACAAUGCCUUGCUUUACAAGUUUCAGGAUGCAUUUGCUAUUACAAUCAAUAAUCUGCUUCUGAGGGGUACAAGAUUAGCUACAUGA